CAAAUGAGCUAGCAUUAGAUUCUACCGUCGUGCUUAAUCAGGGACCAGUAAAGUGACCAAAUGUGAACAUGAAUUAAAACACUGCCUGCAUUUUGAUCACGCUAGUGGUGACAGCAAUAUUUUGCAUAGCUUCUAUUACGGUAACGGAACAUCACGAUUCUUUGCAUUGACCGCCAUCAAACAGCUCAACAACGACGCCGACAAUAGCCAUUAUCUAAUCAGCCCACCAGCUGAAGGCGGAAGAGGAGUGCAAGGCGCGUAGGAACCAAGUUACACACCUACCCACCACACAGACCAACCGGACAUUCAGACGGACAUCUCUAUUUCGGCAGCAGCCGGAGACAGAGAAGACAAACAUUUUCCCACUUACCCAUUUACUCACUCGCUUGUCGCUCGCAUUUCACUCACUUGCAUCGCGUUUAUAGUGUGUGCAUUUCAUUUGCUACUAAUAGCAAGCAGACAUCAGUGCUUUGUGCCAUCGGGAUUGUUCGCUGUUGAUCGUGCAGCAUUUUUUUGAUGUAAGCGUUCCUGCGCCCUCAGCUGGUAUAGCUGUUUGUGGCUAUUGAUAAUAAUAAGAAGAAGAAAGCCAACGUUUCUGCUACUGUUGCUGCUGGUCACAACGGUAGGCUGCAUAAAGCAUAAUAGUGUGAAUAGCGUAAAUUUCGCGUGAAUGGUACCGUAGUUUUUUGAACAAACGUUCGUAGUGGUGUAGUGCGACGGUGCUGCGAUUGGUAGAAGCCCUAACUGUCUAUAGCGGGGGUAGCAGUGGCGGCCCCCCGGCUGUCGAAGUGAGUGGCGUCAUUUCGUUGGUCUUGCUGUCGCAACAGCACAGCUUAUACGUCGUUCUACAGUGCAAAAGUGUGAAGUAACAUUGCUUUUAGAUCAUAGCAUAGCGAAUCAUUGACAGCUGUGUGACUUGUGUCGCAGUCAAAAAAACGCAAUAGUGCAUAAACCACUUUCCGUGUGCGCUCCUUGUCGAGAAGAACGCAGCUAAAGCGAAAAAAAAAAGUAAAAAACGACAACGCUUAUUCAACAGAAGUGAUACUGAUAAAUAGUGCGGACGGCGAAGACACGGUGAAAAUUUGGAUUUGCUGAACACACGAACUUCGCUGAUCAACUGACUAAUUAACUCGUCUUGCCUUCUCAGCAGCAGUAGGAGCUUUUCGAUAGAGAGGGAAAAAGAUUUCCAUAAACACCUCAUAUUAAUUCAAAAUGAGCUAGAUGGGUAAGGGGUAAGCGUUACUGCACCACCAGGCUAGGGACAAUAGCAACAACAACAAAAACAGCAGCAAGCUACAUCUGCUGCGGCUGUAAUUACCGCUGCUUUAAUAGCUUCCGUCACAAUGUUUAAAGGCAGAAGCAGCAGCGGAGGCGGGGCAAGUGGUGAAAGCAGUGGCUCCAAAAGUCUUCUUUUAGAAACCUCAUUCCGGUUCCAUCCAGGACAAGAUGACAUUAAGAAUAUUGUUAGGGGCCUGAAGAGUUCACCUGUAUCCUCUUCGAUGACACUGCAGUCUUCCUUUUCGCCGUUUAGCGGGGUGAAUUCUAGCGUGGGACCGGCAACGCCUCUCCAACGCAAAUUCAAUGCCACAUUUGCCGCUACAGAUAACCAGUCGGAUGAUGAGGAUGGUAGCAAAAAUGAAUUUCGUGAAGACGCCUUGCUGGCAUCAUCAAGCCUCUUGCAGUCGCCAACGACUGAAGGCAUCGUAUUUAGUGAAGUUGGUGCAAGUGGUAAAACUACAGUGGAAAGCACAGACUCUCAGGAUAAGGACAGUUCUCCACCACCUCCAUCAACACCCCAGCACAACGCUGUCAAGGAUCUCCUCGUUAAUAGGUUCAGAAAAGGUUCUAAGGAUCAAAAAAGUAAAGAAAGUCCGUCUAUUGAAAAGGACAAGCGCGAAUCGCCAUUUAUCCAAAGUAUGGAAGCGUGCAAGGACAACCAUGGUAAGGCCAAAGAGAUCAAAGACAGAGAGGUUUUAGCCCUUAAAGAGUCUGGGAAAGAUGGUGGACAGGAACGAGAUUCAAGAUCACCAUCACCUGGAGAUGAGGCCCGUUUAGAUACUGCCAAGGGAAGUAACAAGGAAAAGGAAGGUUAUCAGGAAUCCAAAGACGCCAGCUGGUUCGGAGGAAUCAAAGGCAAAAUUGUGAAAAGAUUUGAGGAAAAGAGAACGCGUUCUCAAUCGGUACCCAUUGUAGCCAAAGCUAUCUACAGUCAAGGAGACGCAGCAACAGGUGCCGAGGUCGACUCCGUGACGUUAGGCCAUCAGGGAGAAGUUCUCGAGCUUGGGGAGGUCGAACGAGCCGAGGAAGCCGAUCCCGAAAGAAUGGCAUUGGAGCAGGGGCUUAUAGACUGCGAAGAGGGAUUAGAUGUACUUCAAGAAGCCAACGAGGAUGAUUCCUGGGAAAAGGUGAAGUUCCCAUUGGAAGAAAACGAUACUUCUCGGCAGCGGGCAUUUUAUCGCGAUUUUGCAGCGGUGAAGGCACGUUGGAUAGCAUUGGAUUCGGCGUACAUUGCUGCGAGGUUUCCGGAUGUCAUAGAGGAACUGCGGAACGUAUCCAUGCGCACGGUUGGGGUGAUCAUUCCUCUUACAUUGGCCAUCAUCGUGCUGCCAUUGCCUGCUUUUGGUAAGGGUUUCCUUGCUGCCUCGUUAGCGUGGUUGGCAGUCUGGCGUUUGAGUGCGUUAUUGUGUCCACCAGCUUCUACGAGGAAGGUUAAUUUUCCCCCGCUGAAAGAGGAUGCUCCCAUGCCACCGCCGCUUCUGAUGCCUCGUAUACAUGAGAUGAUGAAUGCUAGUCGCGAAGGAUGGUUAAACGCUUUACCCGCUGGUGAAAGCUAUAACGUCAGAACGCAUAUAGGAGCCCACAGCCAUUCAGUUCAUGUUCGACUAGAAGGAACGAUGCUACGUAUUCGCGCUCUAAAGGAAAAGCUUCCGCGUCACGCCAUGUGGAACGAACGUCGCAAGGAUACAAGCUCCGUCGUGUGGCUAGGAAAGCAGUGGUUUAUUGAGCUUGAGGGAGCCACUGUCCGAUUGCAGCCUGAAGGUUUGUCUGCAUCGAAACUAUGGGAUAAAAAGUAUCCGAUCGUAAUUAGCACACCGGCGCGACAAGGCAACGAUGCCAAGGAGGUGGUAUUAUUCGCCAGAACAUGUCGGGACAAGGAAUAUUGGUUCCGUUUGCUUAAAAGAUCCGCAGAACAAAGCAGUGCUAAUACAACCGUUACUCAAACAUCGGGACCUGACAAAGACAAGCCGGUCACUAGUGAUGAUGAAGGGAACGAGAAAUCAUCGGAAGAAAGAUCUACGUUUUCGAAACGUCCGCUAAUGGACUUUUUGGUGUAUAUGGACAAUCUCGGUUUCAGUCAUAGCAGUGGUGUUGCAUCUGGAGGUACACCGAAUGUGGCGCAACCAAUACCUGGAACAAUCGAAGACCGAAAACACCAGCUAUCCGGUCAAUCCUGUUGUCCACCACUGUCAUUGGCGUUCCGGGAUGCAGAUACGCAAUGGCUGAACGUGGUCGCUGGCCGAUUGUUGUUCGACUUUUUCACACAACCUCGAUUUGCUGAGGCAGUGCGUGCCAAGUUCCAGGAGAAGCUUUCCAAAAUCAGAAUGCCCCUUUUUUUGGAAGAGUUAACGAUUACUGACGUCAGCUUAGGUGCGCGCACACCUCUUAUUCGAAGAACUUCUGCGGCAGUGCACUGCCCUGACACGGGUGUUUGGCUCGACCUUGAAGUCGCCUAUAAUGGAUGCUUUCAGGUAACAGUACAUACAAAGCUAAACCUGAUGAGAUUAAAAAGGCAGGACCCUCUCAUGACACCCGACAAUCGUGAGCAGGAGAUGCACGGGUUUCCUACAGGGGAAGCUCGUCCAACUUACGAUGAUAUUCCCUCUGAAGAUGACGAUGAUGAUAUUAGUGAGGGACUGAAUCAGCCCGGUAAUACAGAGUUGGAAGAACCUCAAGGCGCAACCUCUAAAAGAAUCGUAAGAAUGGUCGAUCGUAUAUGGCAGUGGCCAGUCUUUCAACAGGCCACUGACUACGCUUUCAUCCGUAGAAUGAUGGAGGAUCUCUCAAACACCGACUUAAAACUAACAAUUCAGUUGAGCUCACUUGCCGGACGGCUCGCCAUCAACAUUCCACCACCGCCAACAGAUCGGCUUUGGUACGGAUUUCGUAGCGUGCCCCGAUUGGAACUGAAGGCAAUACCGCAAAUGGGAGAACGACAAGUAUUGCUCGGGAUCAAACUGGCUGCAUUUAUUGAAAGGGUACUAUUUCAGGAAUUCCAGAGGGUUCUGGUGAUGCCAAACAUGGACGACCUACAAAUUGACAUAAUGGAGGCUCAGCCUUUGUGAGGCAGUAGAGAAGUAGAACAGAUGCUAUCUGUUACGGCAGCGUCAAAAUAAAGUUGAUCGAUAAGCAGGAGUUUCUACUGAGAGAUGGCACCGAAAGAACACAACGAUUGAUGAUGUAUAGGUAGGAUUGGAGUUACAUGAUUCAAGUACACUACAACAUUUUACCGAAGCAAACUUUUGCUGGAGUUAAUACGCACUCAAUUUCUAGUAUGAAAACUCCUUGGCUGGGCUAAGGACAACAAAAAAAGGCAGGUUAGGUUUAUUUUGCCACAAACGCAUCUUAUGCGUUUUCUUUUUUUAUGCUUUGGUAGUCCCGAUUAGGUCGGAUGGCGUUUUUGGCACCCACGCCCCACACGUACUAUACAUUCACCCCAAACGUAUGUUUUUGGUUUCAAUUUUCGCAGGAUAACGCGCCCAAGAGACCUUCAGAAGAAUGAUUCCUUGACUGAUGUUGAUCAUUACUGAAUUAGAAUUACAUAUUCUCCCAGAUAACUCAUUAUGGGGUAAAAUGGCUAUCGAUAACCUGUCAAGUUCGUUCGAGAUCUCACAUUUUAGUGGACCUCAAUUAGAAAAGCCUAGCUCACAAGCUGUCAUUUGAUAACAAAACUAGUGAAAUCCUACCUUGUUGUUAUAUAUUGAGUGCAGUCACUUCCUGGAGAUGAGGCGACACACAAUUUCCUUAUGUAGUACCAUCGUCCACUAACUGAAUGCACUCAUCCUAACCUAUAAUUCUAUUAUUUUUUCCAAGAACAUAUAGGCAUCAUUUCUAUUAAAUUUUGUUGAGCCUGAUAAAGAACUGCUUGCGUGAUGAGUAAUAGUCUUUAUGUGAAGGUAUUGAAGCAGUUCUAAUUUUCGUCACAAUUUCAUUAUGGAUCUUUCGAGACGCUAAACGUGUUUGUCCCUUUUAUCUGGUAUGUCAAAUAAGUCGUUUUUGAACUAUUUAUCACAUUAAAUCAAUGUUGUGUUCUUUAGUAGUAUUAUUACUAUGAGGCUGUCCUAAUAACAUAAAUUCUUAGGCUAAAAUAUAUACUUUGCUGUUUAACUGUUCUUACAUACAUCAAAUUAAAUCUUCUAAGAAAAAAACUUCUAUUCUAAAAAAUGAAAUAAAAUUAGAUUUGCAUAUAAGGGUUGAUACGAAGUUGAAAGAUUACAUAAGAACUGUCCACCACAAUGAGAUGCGGUGUAAUGUCUAUAUGAUCUACUUCGAAGAUAAUAAUAAAAAAUAUGCCCAGAUAAUAGUGUUCAACUAAAGAAUGCUAAAUACUUGUCGGCAAACAUGUUAAGUUCAAGUUUAGACGUAAAUUGUUGUCAAAAUAUUAAUGGCACAACAAUGUGAAGUAAGGGAAACGUAGAUAGAUAGGAAUUGAAUCAGUUCUCGUGUUAAAAGUUCCACUUUUUUUUUAAAAAGAUAUUGCAAAAUUCACAUUUUGAUAGAAUUGUCAGUGGUUUCUGUGGUAAAUAAAUAAAAGUUGGUUGCGUAAACAUUGGUUUUGUAGAAGUGAACUCACGUGCCUGCAAAAGUUCGAUGAUGAUUCAAGUGGAAUUGCUAGCCGUUUUGCUUUUGGAUGUUUGAUAUCGUUGGUUCAAAUCGUUCAACUGAAAAUGCUUUUCAUUCUAAAAGUGAAUGUGAAAAACAAGGUUAUUUACUCGUUAUCCUAAAUUUUUGUUCCCUGUAACUGUUCAUGCGAGCGCGUUAGUUACUAUCCAUUACUUUUUUCAAAACAAACCCAAAUUUGCCAUUUAGGUCAUCGAAGGUGUUUCACUAACUAUUCGUAUUCUGAAAUUCCAGAGGGGCAACCAAGCUAAACUAGAUUAAACACUAGAUUCACCUUACGUGUUGAAAUGAGCUGUGAUGAUGCACUAGAACCAUCUUAAUAAUAAACAGUCUGAUAAAAAAAAAAACGAAUCAAAGGAUAUUUGCUGGUAAUGAUUAUAAACAUCGGAUGUCUGAAAGAAGAAAGACUAUGUACACACCAAUGUUGACCAUCGGAGAAAAUCCAGAUAAAAAAGUGAAUAUGUUUGACUGCAUAGUGAUCAUAUAUAUCGCUAUAUCACUCAGCGACUCGAUCAGCAAUUGAGAAUAGUUAUGGUUAUUUCAGAAACGCUAGCACCGCGUGUCGUUGUCCUGCAUACAUGCAUAAUGACAAAAGGGAAUUCACAUUUUUAAAUUAAUUGUAUAUCAAUAUAUCUUCGAAAAAAAUGGUACGACAUAGUAGGAACAACCUUCAUACAUAUCAACGGAGAACUUAAAUGGAUUCUCAGGGAAUAUGUCCAACAAUUGAAUUCGUGUCUUAUAUUGCUCAGGAAUACAGUAUCGACUAUAUAUAUAUCAACUGGUAAAUAAAUGCCAAUAUUGGCUGAUUUAUUUUCAUAUCUUGA